AUGCGCCCCCGAUUAGAGGUUCUGCAGCGCCUAGGCGCGGUCAACCGCUGCCUUCGGCCAGUGACCUCGACACCGACGCCGAGCUUCCUCCCCGUGAUGCAAACGGCCAACCUUUCGCUGCGAGAAAAGAAGCGAAAGGCCAAGCAGGACCCGUACAAGUGGGCUCAAGCACAACAGCGCAAGAAUGCAAACUUGAAGCGGAGAGAGCAGCUGCAGAAGCAGCGUGACGAGGCCUGGGGCGACCCGGUUUGGGGCAAGACGACACCCUUCCUCGAGUCGCUCGACUCGGCCGGCCAAGAGAGCUCCAGCAUGGUGCCCAAGGAUGCCAGCGGUAACCUUCUCGCGGAACCGCACGACCUGCCAACAACUCCCGGGCUGCGAAACCAUUUCCUGACAGAUGCCGAGUUGGAGGAUGCCGCCAAGCAUGCCUACGCCCUUACGAAGCCCAUGGUGGGCGUCGUCGAGUCGCAGAUGGACCCCGCGACGGAGGAGGAGAGGAAGAAGCUGCACGACCAGAAACACCACAAAGCACUCGAUGCCCUGCGGCGGAUAACGUCGCUGCGCAACGGCAGUGCGCAGGAUCGGCUCCACGCGAACGUGCGGCGCAUCGUCGACGAGUUUGGUCGGCACAAGACGGAUAAAUUCUUAGAACCUAAGCCGUUGUCCAUCUCACCGAACACCACGCCAAUGCCUGGGCGGGCGGGCCCGGACACGGGCAGCUCCGAGGUUCAGAUUGCCAUCCUCACGGCCAAGAUCCGAGCCUUGGGCAAAGCUUUGGAAAUCAACCGAGGGUACAAAGAUGUGCAUAAUAAGAGGAACCUGAGGUUGCUGGUACACCGCCGCCAGAAGCUGCUCGCCUACAUGGAGAGAAAGGAGAGGGGCAGCGGGCGUUGGACCCAUAUGCUCGAAAAGUUGGGCCUCACGCCGGCGACAUGGAAAGGACAAAUCAGCCUCUAG